AUGAGGUGUUCUCAUUGGCCUCACAUCCUCUUACUACUUUGUUUCGCAACGGGCUAUGUGUUGUCUGGCGGCUGUCUACUUGGGUGCAAGUGUUCCGACGAAGACGAUGCGGCCAUAUGUUGUCUGCAUCCCGUGCUCAAUACAGAUGUCAGCAACCAGACCAUUCCUCCCCCCACUCCUGCUCAGUCGAAUGUUUGCCCGGCGGCGGCGGCGGUGGUGAAUGAUAACCAUGUAUCCGAAUGGCGACACUGGCUCCACAAUGCGUCAUGUUUGCCAUCUUGGCGGCAGCUUCAAGUUCGCCUCACUCCACACUCUUGGCCCACUAUCCUCCCACCGUCGUCUAGUUCGAACGCAUCGUGCACCGCCCGGCUGGAACGUCUCAUCCUCCUGGGCACUUUUAUGAACGAUGGAUUGUACUAUCUCCGCGCUGCGACGUUGCGGAGCUUGUUCUUUCAUACCCCGGGUCCAUUGAGCCUUCGGAGUUUGACCGUGCAACAGACGCAGCUGCGCGAAAUCGAGGCCGGAUUUAUGGACCAAUUGAAUGCACCCAAUGUGAUGGACUUGGAGAUUCACCGGAAUCCUCAGCUGACCAGUGACGGCCUUGGUGUCGGUUGGCUUGCGAGUCUACCGCAUCUACGUCUACUGGAUUUGAGUCGCAACCGUUUGACGUCGAUCAAUUUAGCCAGAUGGGGAUUUUCACUCGCUAAGCCAAGUUCCUUGCUCACUCUCGAUCUGUCUGGCAAUCAAAUCGCACAUUUGAAGCCCGAUUCUUUUAUCCGAGUAUCCAACAUCAUGAAAUUAGAUCUUUCCGACAAUCUUCUCACUUCACUUCCUCUCUCAGUGUUCGCUGGCUUGAGAAAUUUGCGAAUUCUAAAUUUGCGGGCCAAUCGGCUUACCUUAAGCGGCCUUGAACUUCCUCCAACGGAUUUGCUGGCUACCCUACCAAAUUUGAGACAUCUUCAGUUGUCUGCGAAUCCGUUGCUCUCCGUCAAUGCUUCCAGCUCCAGGUGGUGGCUGAACAAUGAGUGUCCCAGAUAUCUCACCGUGGUUAAUUUCGCCAAAAUUACUUACAACCAUGCAGUCCCUCCCGACCUCCAUCUGAUGCUCCCUCCCAUUGCAUGGGACAGAUGUGCUUCCCUAACCCAAUUAAUCCUCUCGGAUAUUCACAACUUACCCUGUCUCUCGCAACACUGGCUCGGAAUACCGCCGCAUGCUUCGGUUAUUCCAGAGCGAAUGCGAAUUCAACCCGGUUCCCUUAGGCUGUGUCCACCCUCCUCCACUUUUAGUCCCCCCUCUGAAUUAGUCACGCUUCACCCCACUAAAAACACUGUGUCCAUUACCGUGAGAGUUCCACCUCCCACCACAUCUGUACACACACCUCAUCCGUUGGAGGCUGAUGCUGUUGUCUUAAUCGAAUCCGAUGCCACUGUGGCCACCAGUCUGUUUGGAGCGAACCCGCCUCCUGCCUCCUGGCGAAAGGAGCCACGCGGCGCUGUUGAUCUAUCCGAGCAUCGAACUGUUCGCGUGCUGAAAUUUCACAACUUCGGUCUGAAAGCAUGGCUAUUUUACGUGCUUAUUUUUCUCCUCUUUCUCCUGGUUUCUUGCAUCCUCUUUUGGGGGUCUGUCUUUUUCUUCAAACGCUGCUGGCGAAAGAAAAAAGCCCCCGUGAGUUCUCUUCGUUCUCAACGAUUUCGUGCUGCACUUACCAAUGGGGGUCUUCCCCACACAGCUGUCAACUGUUGCCCGAAUGUAUCCAUGCUCCCCUCUGACCUCAUGGCUCCCUUGGAACUUACUCUUGAUGGGGAGAAGUCAGCUUUUUUAGCCUCCCCCUGUCACUUUACUCAUUCCCGAAUGCGUCUCUUCACCCCCACUGAUAGUGGCAUGGGUGACCUAACUCCAUUCGCAACGCAGCAGUCUGUUCAGACCGGGGUGAGUCCAUCUUCCAGCAGCCACGCAUCCGUACGUGUACCCCACACGGGUCACGUCAUCCAGCCACAGCGUUUUGUCAUCCAUAACGCCACUCCUAUGCGUUAUCACGUUCCUUCAUUCACUUCACUGCGGUCAGCGCACCUCUCCCCACGGGGACUGGAUUUCAGUUGCCCCAUGUAUCGAGCAUCCUACAUUGCCACACCUCCAAGGCGGAGUGGAGUCCCAGCGACUGCUUCCACGGAGGAUAUUUCAAUCGGACCCGGUUCGACGUUCAGCGAUCACCUCAUGGACGACUGCGCAGUGAGUGAUACAACCACCUUCCGUCCGUCUGAUUACCAUCAGGAAUCUAAAUUGUUGUAA